ACAUUGACAUAUUCCAAUGACACGUGGGUUAUGAUUGAUCUGGAUGGAGUGAUUAUUGUAGACCACGUUGAAAUCAGUUCACCUCCCCCAGAAACAGAUGUAGAUAUUAAGAUAUACAUUGAGGAAACUGUUGUACCAACCUUCGCCGACACCGUUUGUGGGGAAAAUUCUGGGAUAAUUACAAGCAGCAUAGACAUUGUUUGCUCACCAAAAAUUGAAGGAAGAUAUGUGUUUGUGAAAGUAACCCUAGUAGUGAAUGAAACCAUUACUCUUUCUGACAUCAAAGUUUAUGGGGAGGACGCACCCUCUGGUAAUCCUGUGGGUGUAGUGAAUGGUAAAUGGGGCGCGUGGUCAUCUAUGACUGAGUGUAACCGGCAGUGUGGCGGGGGAAAGCAGUACAGAGUUAGAGAUUGUGACUCCCCAGCUCCUGCAAAUGGUGGUGAAGAUUGUCCCGGGGAAAAGUAUGAUAUAACAACUUGCAACGAGGAUCAAUGUCCAUUUGUUAAUGGUGGAUGGAGUGGCUGGCAAGAAUGGUCAAACUGCUCGGUCCAAUGUGGAGAUGGAGUUCAAGUCAGAUUUAGAACUUGUGAUAAUCCAAUUCCACUUGGUGGUGGGGUGUAUUGUGCAGCAGAUCCGUAUAGCACUCAAGAAUGUUCUAGCACAUGUAGUGGCAUAACAGAAUGUGGUACGGGGCAAAUCAAAUGUUCCAAUGGGGCGUGCAUGGAGGGACUGCGUUGUGAUAAUGUUGAAGAUUGUACAGACGGCUCAGACGAGACAGGAUGUACAGAAACAGAAUACAAUGUUGCACGAGAUGCUUUUGCAGAUAUAUUGAGACAAGAUAAUCCCACUGCUAUAUUUUUGAACUCAGGAGUAGACCGAGUACAAGGGGAGGCAACUAUAGUAGCAUUAUUGGGACAAUUCAUUGCACUUUUAUGCAUGUGCAUGUAAAUAAUUUAUACCAGCUUUUGUAAGAGCCGUAGAAAUUCGAAUUGCAACCAAAUCAUCUAAACGAGAUGGUGGAGAUCACCCGAUUGAGUUGCCAGGAGCUGUAGUUACAUCAGCCAAACGAUGAAUGACGUGCAAAUCGUGCUUAUGACCCAAAAGCAUUUCCAAAGUGCCAAAACUUAAAAAUAGAUUAUAUGGAUAUCGAGUGAGAUUGACAAGAAUAUUUCUGCCAGUGCUCGUCAUGAUAAACCAUGACAUCUCAU